UUCAGAUAAAACCAAAACUGUAACUGAACAAGUAGAUACAAAGCGCGACAUGACCGUUUGAUUCUUUUGUGUUAAAAUUGUUGAAUUUAUUCCUUUUUUGCAUGAUUUCUUUUAAAUUGAAUGUGCUUUUAAUAAUUAUUAAUCUGAAAAAUCAGCACUCAUCUGUGACGCAAUUUGAAAAUGGACCCAGAAAGUACUCCACCUUCUACCAGUAAACAGAAACCUGUAAAGUUUCUUGAGGACUCUCUUAUCAUUACUCCUAAUCCUCAAGCAUGUUCCACAGUCAACCGCCCAAAAGACUUGUUCGAUUUCCCAGAACCUGACAGAAUUGAACCGGUAGAAAACCCCGAAGAACCGAAGUUUUUAAUCGACGAAAGAAACACGAUCGACUCUCUGCACCAGAAACUGAAUCAGAUGUUCGAGAAAAUCAAGAGAGAAAGCAUAAGUUCUACCGCCCAACCGGCUCUCAGCGAGGUGAACUCCUCUCUUGGAAUACUCAAAAUUGAUGAUAUUGCUGAUGAUCUGAAUGACACAUACUCGUCAAAAGUUCUGGAAAGUUUGAAGCCGAAAAAAGUUGACGAUUGUGAAGCAUCGUGGAAGAUGAAAAGAGAGCUGGCUAGACAGUCCAUCUCUUCUAAACCGUCUUUAGGUCUGGAAAAUAAAUCCAUGCAGCCAGGAAGUGACUUUGACUUCUCAAUGAAUCGGGACGCAAAAGCAGCUCUCUUCAACCCAUUCGACGGAGAGCGAGUGAGUGGUCUGUCCUCUUUUGGCGCUGAGGAGUUUGACACGGGAACAACUGCCAAGCAGAGACUGAUGGCGGACGAAGCUGAUUGGAUGAAGACCAACGCCGAUAUGCCGGUCGAGAAUACAGACCGAUCCCUGUCUGGCAUAUUUCCUGGCGAUGAGGCUGCUGAAAACAUAUCGAGUGCAAGUACCUACCUGAGAAGCAAGAGCGAACCUAUUGGUACCCUGGGUGGUGAUAAGAACCGACAUCCAAGGCCGUAUUUCGGAAUGGAUGUGACCAGUCCAGAAAAACCUCUUGAAACCUCUGGCUGUAUUGCAGAUGUUAUCUCCAAUGAAUCAACUUUCAACCAAUCGACAGGAGAUGCAGGACAUGAUCUGUCAAUCAGCAGUAUAGCUAGCAUCACUCAAAUCAAGGAGAUGCUUGGCGAGAUGGGUCAGAAUUCUCCUACCCUUAUCAUCAAUAAGCUAAUGAAUGCCGACGGCCGUAAAAAACCUAAACAAGCAAAUAGAGUGGAUUUACUGAAGAGAGCAGAAAACGCUUUCAAUAUGAGGAAAGAAAACAUGAGCAUAAUAGACCUGACAGACGACAACAAGAUGGCCUCCGACAAACUCGACAUGGCGUCCGAAAUCAUCGACCUCUCCUCAACAACAACCGACAAUUUUCAGCCUCUAAAACCUUUCCCCACUCCUCAGAGAAAUGUCCUACAGGACAUGACAAACCUGCACAGUUCACCUGUUAAGGUAAACUCUUCAAGGUCACAGGUUAAUCCAAGGUCACCUGUGAAGGUCAUCGACCUCGACACCAACUCCACCAUCUUGGAUCAGUCGGUUUCCAAAAUGGCCGCCGAGCGUCCGAGGGCAACCAAUGAGAGGGAAAUGAGUUUUUCGAAUUUGGAAAUUAGCAGUGAUUCGUUCAUGGUGGGACCUUUGUCUAGGAGCACCUCGAUUGAGGAUAUUGCAAAAGCUAUUAAUGAUAGUUGCAACUCUUCAGUGGUUGAUGACCCGGACAACAUAAAACUGCGCUACUGCAUCGGUAGCAUCUGCAACGUGGUGAUCACUCUCUCCAACAGCUCUCUCUCUAACAAUGUGCACUGCUCCAUCUCACUCAUAGAAGUGCUCAAGAACGGGCAGCUGUGUCCCAAGGCCGUCAAAAUUAUAUUCCCGCCCGAGGUGACGCUUGCUCCCGGGGAAACUAAGAAAGUCGAAAUACAGGUGAUUCCAUUCGCGAUUGGGGUGUUGGACAUUGCAAUGCAGGUUGAUGAGGUGGAGGAGAACUCUGAUGACCUCAGCUCUUUCCUGUGUACAGUCACAUUGAAAAGCGAGAAACCUAGGUUGAUAAUCACCAAAAUCCCCAACAACGAAUACGACAAUGCCGAAAUCGACUUCGGACUUCUACCCGAGGAAAGCCUGCGCAAGUCCGUCAUCAGCAUCGAAAACGUAGGCAACGUGAAAGUGCCUCUAAACUUGACAGUCACCGAUAACUCUUCGAAAUUCCAAGUGUUCCACCUCCAAGAAACCGACAAAUCCGAGGUAUUCGAAAAACUCGUCAUCCUAGACCCGGGUGAACGUCUGGAGGAACCUGUCUACUGUUUCACCCCUCCUCUCGAACACACCAACCUUUCUCAACCUUCCCGACAAAUCACGGGGGAACUGUGCGUGUCGUUGGCUAGUAUAGUUCGUGAAACCACCAAAUUCGCAAGGUUCCAACUGAAAACGACGGUAGGGUACACUCGGGUGCUCAUAAGUCCCAACUGUAACCCGCUGGUAGUGCCGGCAUAUGAGAAGAGGCCACUGUUGAUUAGGAACGCGAGUGUACUUCCGGUGACCUUGAACCUGGUGGUGGAGGACGCUGACUUCCGGUUGGAGAGAGACGUCAUAAGGUUGGAGUCGAAGGAGGAUGGGAAUAUCUUGGUGGAGUAUUCGCCGAUGCAGUUCAAGAAUAAUAUGAAGAAAUCCAGUCGCCUGUGGCUAUGCAUAGACUCGACCGAAACGCGCUACGAGGUGAAAAUGAUCGGCCAGUGCAACUCACUCGACCAAAACAUCAUCUCCAGUUCGACCGGCGGCGACUCGGUCGUGCGACACGACUCAGUCGCGCGACCCAAAUCUGUCGCGUCGAUCAUGACCGCGUCAUCGACGUCGCCGCAAGGCUCCAAGGCGGCCACGCCCUAUACCUCAAGGUCAUCAUCGCCCUGUAGCAGUAAUUUGUCGACCGAAAAAGGAUCACUAGAUCUCGCUUCCACCCACAGUGCCCUGGUUUGGACCAGCUGCCCUCUGCAGGUUGCUGAACGGAAAGGAUGUGUUCUAAGGAACAAAAACAAUUAUAAAGAGAAGUUGCUGUUAUCUAUUGUCGAUAAUUCCGGUUGUUACAAGUUAGUAGAGGAGAAAGGCAGCACAGUACAAGAGAUGCGGAUCAGUUUAGAAGGCAUGGAAAGCAGGCAGGUGACUGUGAGCUACUGUCCCCUGCAGGUGGGAGCAUGUAAGGCCAGUCUGGUCAUCACCAGGGCCAGUCACAAGGCCAGUACUGGCGGCCAGCCUAACCGCAAAGUGCUGCAUUUGUACGGGUACGGUGGCAAAGCAGUGCUUAACAUCAGAGGCGUGAAUAAGGACCCUGAGAAUAGGAUGUGGAUGUACUUGGAUCCGGAUGAGAUCACGGCCCAGUUCACACUCGAAAAUAGUGGAGAUGGAACCGCUUUUGUCAGGAUCAGUCAAGAUAUAGCGGACACAGGAGUGACGAUAAGUCCGCAGGAAGCUCUAAUCCCGGCGCAUAACAAGAUCUCAGUGGAUCUGAGGUUCUCACCGACCACAGGCCGGGCAGACCAUCUGCUCUCCAAGAGCGAGGAUUCCGAUGUGCUUGUCGUGACGCGUGUUAAAGUCAUGUUUGGAGACGAGGCUACGAGGUUGAGGUUGAAAAGGUUAUACCGUAAAAUGAUAAACGACCGAGUGGGGAUGGACAGUCUUCUGAUGGAGAGGCUAUCUGUAUUGGACAACCUCUUUCCCGGGAGUAGCAACACUGAGAUAUCAUGUUUGAAGGACACACAGGCUAGUAUGAAGACAUUGUGGGUUGAAGGCAUUCGUGAGAAGAGUAUUGGAGUGAUGCUUGAGAAAUCAGCCUUGGAAAAUGCUCAAAUAGAUGCUACCGCUCAGUUCAUUGACCUCGCAACCACUGUCACGGACGACACAGUCUACACUCCCAAACAACAGCUGAUCGUAGCACCGCGUGUAGUCAACCUAUCCUGGAGUCAGCCCAAGGCCAGCUUCACACUACGCAACACCACUCUGCUCCCCGCACGCGUGCGUGUCCAGUGUGAACCGGGCCUUGCCGUCACGCCGGCCUCCUUCACACUGUCGGCUCACUCCUCGUGCACGGUCACAGUGACUCGCAGUGAUCACGGAUCACGGAUGUGUGGUGUGUGUGUGUGUGUCUAUUCAUAG